AUGCAUCCAAUCAAUCUUGAACAAGAACUACAAAACUUUCAACACCAAAAAUGCCCUACAUUAGAACAAACGAUAAUAAAUAAUCAACAAGUACUAUCCAAAAGGAAAAAAUUCUUCACCACGGACCUAAAACAAUCAUUUCAACUAAUUGAAAUUGUGAUAAUCGUCAUUAUCUACCUACGAGAUUUAUCAUUUUUCAAAUUGUUCCUCCGAAGUACCAUCCAUUUUGCUAUACUAAACAUCAACCCCGAUUAUGUCAGUCGAUAUUACAACUUUUCUACUCACCAUGUGAAAACUAUGAUCAAGAUGAGUUUUCGUGGUGUCGUAUUUAUGAAUGCUUAUUGUUUUUUGACGCAUUUGAUAUUUGGUGUUUAUUCAAAGAGUCCAAGUAGUAGUGGGCGUAGUGGGGACGAAGCGGUUGGGUAUUUGUAUGGUGGAUUGACGGUGCAGUUUAUUGGGGAGAGGUUGCCUUUUAAUCGAUUGGAGUUGAUGGUGUUGGAUUUUGUCGUGUUUGGAUUACAGAUGAUUCUUUUGUAUUUGCAUGGUGUUGUGGGUAAUGAAGAUGUGUUUGAGGAGGAAGAGGAGGAAGGAGAAGAAGAGGGUGAACCAGUGGAGGAGAAUUCAGCUAGAGUAAGUGAAGGGAGGGCGUCACGUGGUGUUGGAGAAGUGUUACUGCUGGUGCUGCUGGUGCUGCUGACGCUACAAAGUGGCGCCGAAGAUAUACCAUUGAGUGAGCUAUUAAGCAAUGGUGCUCACAAUGAAGAGAUUAUAGAUAAAGCCCGUAUUGAAGGCGAUGGAUAUAAUGGAAAUGUUCAAUUACUAACUAUUGAUUUGUUUGAUGGUAUUAAGAAAAUGAUGAAACUAAAGGUCAAUAUACAAAAUUCUGGAGAGAGUAGUGGAUUAUCGACAUCUUCUUCGACUUUGCCUGGUGCGUUUCCGAGAGUGUCUAGCUUAGUAUGA